UGUCAAAAUCAGCUGUUUGUCAAGCACCUGUCUACAUACCACUUAUUGAUGUCAAGUCCCAAAUACCGUUUCACCUCCGCAUUCCUUCCAUAAAUAAUGCCACAUGAAGACAACCUCCUAACAGAACGAUGUGGCUCUUUAGGCCACCCCAUCAGAUACACCCGCCAAGGUCACAACGCUAUCUCCCGGCGCGAAGAAUCCGAAGAAACCUUCGCCGACUCUUUCCUCCAAUCGCUUCUGGGCUUCUUUCGCGAAGUUCUCCUCCCACAUGGUUAUCCAGACAGUGUAAGCGAAGAUUAUUUUGAUUACCAACUAUGGGACACGGUCCAAGCCUUUUGUAGUACCAUCACUGGGAUCUUCACCACGCAGGCCAUCCUCAAAGGGGUGGGUGUGGGUAAUGCAGAAGCCUCUGCGCUGUCUGCCACCAUCACCUGGAUUAUGAAAGAUGGGACAGGCAUGGUUGGGAGGAUUAUUUUCGCCUGGUGGAAAGGAAAUUCGCUUGAUUGUAACUGUAAGAAGUGGAGGCUGUUUGCGGAUUUGUUGAAUGAUGGGGCAAUGCUUUUGGAGUUGUGUAUACCAUAUGUCACGCAUUUGUCCAUGGAGGUUUUGUGCGUAUCGACGGCUAUGAAGGCCGUGGUGGGCGUGGCUGGUGGUGCCACCCGUGCCUCGAUAACCAAUCACCAAGCAGUAAAAGGCAAUAUGGCGGAAAUUUCGGCCAAAGAUGGCAGCCAAGAAACCCUCGUGAACCUAAUAGCAAGUUUCACCGGAAUUUUUCUAAUAAACUACUUCACGGAUGCAACAGCCCAGUGGAUUGUCACCUUCCUUUUGAUUUUACUUCAUCUGUAUUCAAACUAUCAAGCGGUCACUUCGCUAAUUUUCAAAAAUUUGAACGAUCUGCGAUUAACUUUGGUCCUGAAGAGUUAUUUGGUUGUAAAUGCCGUUUUAGGACCGGAACGAAUCAAUCAAGUGGAGUCAGUUUUUUUGGGUUUUGGUAUCAGUGUGGAGAAGUUUUGCGGAUUUAAAGUAGUUUUAGGGAAAAGUUUAUCAAAGGCCUUGAAGAAUUAUAGUUAUGAAGAGCUAAAGAGCCUCACGGAUGUGUAUAAGGAUAGGAAAUAUUUAAUAGUACCUGAUUUACAAAGAAGAACUAUGUUUGUUAUUUUUGAGAGAGGGGAACUUCCAGCGGACAUCAUAGCUGGAUAUUACAAUGCAGUAUUAUUGGGAAUUGCUACCUGUAUAUACAAUAGGGAGACUCUUGACAUUUAUGCCAAGAGACAGCUACACCAUUCAGCUCCUAUUACAAGAUUGAGCACCUUCAUGAAGUCGUAUGAUAUUAAUAGCCGUGACACCCUAGAAAACCUUCCUCGUCGGACGUUGGAGGCACUCAAUGAUUUUAUUAAUCAAGAAAUGGACAUGUUAUUCAUGGCGCUACAAGUUAACGGGUGGAAAACCGACAGCCACGCCCUCUGCGUAGACGAAUGGAGGGCCCAAUGGAAGGACUUGGACCGAAAGUCCCUCUAACAUCUUUUUUAUAAUUAUUUUUUAUAUGGUUGGUUGAAUAAUAAUAUUUUCAUAAAAAUAUAUAUUUUUAUAUAAAUAA